AUGUCUUCGAGAACAAGAAGGAUUUUGAAAAGGGUCGAGGUCCCUGUGGACCAGAGAGGUGCAUUAAGUUUUCUGAAAAAUCCAGAUUUAUUACCUAUCAAAGCGGAGCAUCAGACGUGGGGUUUCUGGUCAAAUUUUGCAUACUGGGGUGUGAUGUCCUUCUCAGUACUCACAUGGAACAGUGCUUCUUCUGCUCUUUCUGUCGGACUGAGUUAUCCAGAAACUAUUGGCACAUAUAUUGUAGGUGACGUAUUGACUAUAUUCUUUACUUUAGCAAAUUCAUAUCCAGGGUUUGACUGGAAAGUGGGUUAUACCAUCACACAGAGAUUUGUGUUCGGUAUUUAUGGCUCUGCCUUCGGUGUUCUGAUCCGUGUACUUAUGAGUAUUGUUAACUACGCUUCAAAUGCUUGGUUAGGUGGACUAUGUGUCAAUAUGAUCCUAGACUCAUGGUCACAUCAUUAUUUACAAUUGAAAAACACUUUAUCACCUCACGUAGCAAUGACAACUAAAGAACUGAUAGGAUUUGUUCUCUUUCAUGUUAUAACAGUCCUUUUCUACUGGUUGAAGCCCCACCAGAUAAAUUAUAUUUUAAUUGCCUCCUGUCUAUCAACUUGUGUCGGUAUGACAUGUAUGGUCAUUUAUCUAUGUUCACAGAACGGUGGUGUGGGUGAUUUAUUCACUUCUACAAAGUCUACUGUUUCAGGUUCUACAAAGGCUUGGGCUUGGGUAUACAUGAUUUCAUAUUGGUUCGGUUCGGUUUCUCCUGGUUCAGUAAAUCAAAGUGAUUUCUCCAGAUUCGGUUCUUCACAAACUGCUAUAUGGCUGGGAACAAUCUUAGCCCUAUUAAUCCCAACUACUUUAAUUCCGGUUUAUGGUGUUAUUGGUGCUUCAACGUCAGAACAACUGUAUGGUACACAACUGUGGCAACCAAUGGAUUUUUUCACAUACUGGCUAACAGACAAUUACUCAGCAGGAGCUAGAGCAGCGUCAUUCUUUUGUGGUGUUGCAUUCACUGCCUCUCAAAUAUCUUACACUAUUUCAAAUGCUGGAUUUGCAAGUGGUAUGGAUUUAGCUGGUCUUUUACCCAAAUAUAUCGAUAUCAAGAGAGGUGCAAUUCUAACAGCUGUUGUCUCUGUGGCCUGUCAGCCAUGGAAUUUCUACAAUUCUUCUUCUACUUUCUUGACAGUUAUGAGUUCCUUUGGUGUUAUUAUGACUCCCAUCAUUGCUGUUAUGAUAGCUGAUAAUCUCCUCAUAAGAAAAAGAAACUAUUCUGUUACACAAGCAUUUAUCUUAAAAGGUGAAUACUACUUCAAUAAAGGUAUGAACUGGAGAGCUAUGAUUGCAUGGAUAUGUGGUAUGGUUCCCGGAUUACCUGGCAUGGCAUGGCAAGUAAACAGCAACCUUUUCAAUAAUUCGGGGAUAGUUAAUUUCUACUAUGGCGAUUCUUUCUUUUCAUUUUUAAUCUCAUUCUUUCUCUAUUGGAUUCUAUGCAUAGUCUUCCCACCCAAGAUUGAGAUUUUGCAUGAUGACAAGGAUUACUUCGGAGCAUUCACGGAUGAGAUGGCAAGGAGGAAGGGUCUUGUUCCAUAUAGUGAAAUAUCUGAAGAGGAAAUCGAAGCCUUCCAAUUUACUAGCGAUUUCAAUAAUUUGAUACAGCAAGAGAAUGAUGAAGGUGGGUCCAACGACUCCAGCAUGGAAGUAACAGAGGUAUCAACAGAUAUAACUGAAGAUAAGAAGGAUCAGGAGAAAAAAGAAUAA